CGCGCACUCGAUAUAGCCUAUUUUAUACAGUGUUUAGUACUAAACCUACGGUGAAUGUGUUACCUUGUGUUACUUUUUUGUGUAAUACCGUUUGAGAAAGACUCGGAACAGAGACGAAUUUUAUAAAACAUAUAUAAUGUCCAACUCGAACAUAUGUCGUUUGUGUCGAACAUUCUGCGAUGACAGUAUCCGGCUGUUUAAUGUGCAUGGUGAUACAACAGAAAUAUACAUCAUUGCUUUAAAAUUCUUCCAUCCAAUGUUUUUCGAAGUUGAUACGGGAAUCCAAACUUCCACUGCCGUUCUGUGUGCCGACUGUUGGCAUCACAUUUCAAGUUUUAAUAAUUUUCAACAGACUGUUGUUCUAAUACAAGCUAAACUUCAGGCAGCAGCAGAAAAUGUUAAAAAGUCAAAUGCCAAUGGGAAUGAACCCAUGCAACUUGAAGGAAGAACCAUUAAUGAUCUGGAUAUCAAGCCAAAUCCAGAAAUUAUAAUACCCGAUUAUGUGUUGUAUGAAGAACGGAAUGUUAUACAAAAUGCAGAGUCCGAACAAGUGCCUAUCACAGAUUAUGAUGUCAAAUCUGAAAUGAGUUUGAACAAACCCCAAACGUUUGACAUUGACACAAGUGCGGAGAAAGAUAAAACUGAUUCCUUUCAUGAAGACAACGAUGAAGAAACUGUCACUGCUGAUGUAUCGAAUAAUGAGGCUGAAAGCUUAAACAACUCCAAGAAUGAAAUAAGCAAAUCUCCUCAAAUAAACGAAACAUCUGAAAAGAAUGACGAAGAGAUAGCUGACGACGGUUUGCUGUGUUCUGUGUGUGGCCUUUGUUGUGGCGAUGAAACGACCCUCUUGGAACACAGCACCGACCAUAUUGAAAUAAUCGUCACCAAUAACUGCAGAUUCUGUGAUCGAACUUUCAACGGUAAAUACGGUUUGUAUCAACACAUAGCUCUCAGUCAUCCGGGUGAAGAAAAGCCGAGAGUUGUGAUCAGAAAAUGUCGUAUAUGCCCCAAGAAUUUUUCAGAUAAAAGUGAGCGGCUUAAACACGAACAAAGAACUCAUCCUAAAGAAUGCGAAAAAUUGAAGAGAAAGCGGCGCAGAGUAAAGAAACCAGAAAAUUUGAUAGUUCACUGAUUUAUUGUGAUUAUGAAAAUAAGUUUAUGAACAG